AUGAUGUUAAUAGAAAUGGAUAAAAUGUCUGCUCCUUCAUCACUGGAGCGUGCCCAACGCCUCUAUGAAAAGAACCUUGAAUUGGAGAAUAAGCGUCGGAGGUCAGCUCAGGCGAGGGUCCCAUCUGAUCCAAAUGCUUGGCAACAGAUGCGUGAGAAUUAUGAAGCAAUAAUUCUUGAGGAUCAUGCUUUCUCUGAGCAGCACAAUAUUGAAUAUGCACUUUGGCAGUUGCAUUACAAGCGGAUUGAGGAGUUUAGAGCAUACUUUAGUGGUGCUUCUCUUUCUUCCACAAGUGCAAACUCAUCCCAGGGAGUGAAAGGUGGCCCUGCACGACCUGACCGGAUUACUAAAAUAAGGCUACAAUUUAAGACUUUCCUUUCAGAAGCAACUGGAUUUUACCAUGACCUUAUUACAAAGAUCAGAGCUAAGUAUGGUCUUCCUCUUGGUUACUUUGAGGAUUCAGAGAAUCGGAUUGUUAUGGAGAAAGAUGGAAAGAAAUCUGCUGAGAUGAAGAAAGGUUUAGUAGCUUGUCAUCGUUGUCUGAUAUACCUGGGUGAUCUUGCUCGUUAUAAAGGAAUGUAUGGUGAAGGUGAUUCAAAAAACCGUGAGUACACAGCAGCUUCUAGUUACUACUUGCAAGCUGCAUCUCUUUGGCCUUCUAGUGGGAAUCCCCAUCACCAGCUUGCUUUGUUGGCUUCAUACUCUGGGGAUAUGCUGGUGACUAUUUAUCGGUAUUUUCGUAGUCUGGCUGUCGAUAGUCCAUUUAUAACUGCACGAGAAAACUUGAUAGUUGCAUUUGAGAAGAAUCGUCUAAGUUUCUCUCAGCUUUCUGGUGAUGCUAAAGCGCAUGCAGUCAAGGAAUCUUCUGGGCGAGUAAUGGGCAAAGGAAGAGGAAAAGGGGAAGCAAAACUUGCAAGGGGUACUACUGUUGAUGCCAGCCCUAGAACAGGAGCAUCCAGUAUCCAGGAAACUUACAUAUACUUCUGCACAUGCUUUGUCCGUCUAAAUGGAAUCUUGUUUACGCGCACUAGCCUUGAGACUUUUGCUGAAGUUCUUGCUGCUGUUAGCACUGGCUUACGUGAGCUUCUGACUUCUGGGCAAGAUGAAGAGCUGAAUUUUGGGACAGAUGCUCCUGAGAAUGCACUUGUGAUUGUCAGAAUUGUCUGCAUUCUAGUAUUUACAGUUUAUAAUGUGAAUAAGGAAUCUGAAGGUCAAACCUAUGCAGAAAUUGUACAGCGUGCUGUUCUGCUUCAAAAUGCAUUUGCUGCAGCUUUUGAAUUAAUGGGCUACAUAAUAGAGAGAUGUGCACAGCUACUUGAUCCUUCUUCUAGUUAUCUUUUACCAGGCAUUUUGGUUUUUGUUGAGUGGUUGGCUUGUUAUCCAGAUCUUGCUGCAGGCAAUGAUGUGGACGAAACUCAAGCAAAUUUGAGAUCAGAAUUUUGGAAUCGAUGUGUAUCCUUCUUGAAUAAGCUGCUUUCAGUUGGUCCUCUGUCUAUUGAUGAUGAUGAAGAAGAGACUUGCUUUAAUAACAUGAGCAGGUAUGAGGAAGGCGAAACUGAAAACCGACAUGCUUUGUGGGAGGACUUUGAGUUAAGGGGAUUUGUUCCACUUCUUCCUGCACAAACCAUCUUGGAUUUUUCAAGGAAGCAUUCCAUUGGAAGUGAUGGUGAUAAAGAAAGAAAUGCACGGGUCAAAAGGAUUUUAGCUGCUGGGAAGGCUUUAGCAAAUGUUGUUAAGGUUGACAAAAAGAUGAUAUAUUUUGAUUCAAAGGUUAAGAAAUUUGUAAUUGGUAUUGAGCCUCAAACUGCAGAUGAUUUUUUUAUUCCCACCUAUUCAGAAAUGCGGAGUGUAAAAGAGCUUGUGCAAGAAAAUUCAGCUGAGAAAUCAGAGAUGGAAAUUGUUCAGCAAAUGGAAGGAGAUGAUGAUGACGAAGUUAUUGUUUUUAAACCUAUAGUGUCAGAGACACGUGCUGAUGUGGUUGCCUCAUCAUGGGCACCCCAUUUGGGUUUGGAACCUGUUGUAAAAGCAUCUGGAGGGGAUUUAAAAUUUCAGGUGAACUCUACGCCUAACCCUCUAAUGAAUCUAGGUCAUCAAACUUUAUCUGUUCCUGGUAGUGCUAUGGUGUCUCAACAGAUGCAACCAGUUCAGCCACAUACAUCAAGGUGGUUAGAGGAGGGAAUUUCUCUUGCUAACAAUUUAAAAGGUCUUGGGUUGUUUGAGAAUGGACAUGUGAUGAAACCUGGUCUACAAGAAGCUAUUGGCUUCUCCAGCCAUGUUUCACAUCCCAUUCCUAUCCAACAAUCUAUAGGUGCUGAUACUAAUGGCAUGUUUUAUGGUAUCUCAAAAGCUCUGGAGUCUGUAAUACCAUCAAAAGUUGAUGCUAUUGCAUCUUCUGGAGUAGUUACUGAUAACUUAGCUGUAAAAGCGGCAGCAUUGCCAGUUGGUUCUAGAAAAGCCCCUGUCAGUCGACCAACUAGGCACCUUGGACCUCCUCCUGGUUUCAGUCAUGUCCCUCCCAAACAAGGUAUUGAAUCCACUGUUUCAGAUUCAAUUAGUGGUAACCCAAUGAUGGAUGAUUACAGUUGGUUGGAUGGAUAUCAUUUUCGUUCAUCAACAAAAGGAUUAGGUUCCAAUGGUCCUCUCAACUACUCUCAGUCAAAUUCUCAGCUAGUCAGUAACAAUGGCUUCGGUCCUAAUGCCAGCUUUCCUUUUCCUGGGAAACAAGUUCAUUCUCUGCCUCUUCAUGCAGAGAAACAGAAUGGUUGGCAAGAUUACCAAAAUUAUGAUAUGUUAAAAUCACAUCAUGAUCAGCAGCUGCAGCCACAGCAGCUCACAGCUGGAAAUCAGCAGUUUUCUCCUCUGCCUGAGCAAUUUCAAGGACAGUCAAUCUGGACAGGUCGUUACUUUGUGUGA